AUGAUUUCUCCUACUCCAGGUACCCACGCCACUUCACCGGAUACUGGUAUUAGCAAAGACGACGACGUCGUUUUAGGAGUCUCUCCUCGUGAAACUGACGUUUUUCUUGCUCAUCAAGCAGGGUCGGUGGAGGUCGGUAUACCGAAGGAGGAACAUCAGAAGGUACCUAUCGAGCUGAAAGGUCUCCGUGAGAAAUUGGGUAAUACCCAGAGUGCGCUCGACGCGACGCAAGCUCGCAUUCAUGCGUUGAAUUCGGGUCCCACCCGGAUGGAGGCCCGACUUGACCUCCUGAUUCGGAUUCAGCAACAAAUGGCAAGGUCAACUUCCGCGGCGUAA